UGUCAGCCUGGCGCACAGCGGAACAGCUGACAGCGCACGCACCUCCCAGGAUUUAAGCUAAAGCAGCGGGCCGCUGAGCCUGCCGCCGGCCCGAAGCGGGGAGAGAGGGGGCGAGUUUCCACCUGUCAGGUGACCGCCGGGGACAGCCCAGCGUUUGGGAAAGGAUCGUCAACCUUUUUUUGUCCUUUUUUUAAACUUCAAUUUUUUGAAGUUUUUCUGCAGCACUUUUGUUAGUUUGAAGUUUGGCGCACGCUUUUUGGAUCUAUGCUCUGCGAGGCGACCUCCAAGCUGGGACCAUGUUAGGCAAGCAGGGGAGGCAGUGGAAGUCCAUGUGCAAAGGGCUGGUCCUGGGCACUCUACUGACCAGCUGCAUGAUCCUGCUCUACUGCCUGUCAGCCCCCCAGGUCCAAAUCGACGUGCCUGAGGUCCCAGUGCCCUACUCCUGUGCACACCGGCCAGCACGAGCACGCGCACGCGCCCUGCCGGUGUCGAACGGCUCCCAGAAUGCCGCGGGGCAAGCGGGCACGUGCGCGCCGAAGGUGGACGUCAUGUUCAUGAAGACCCACAAGACGGCCAGCAGCACGUUCAUCAACAUCCUGUUCCGCUUCGGCGAGAAGCACCGGCUCAAGUUCGCCUUCCCCGACAGCCGCAACGACUUCUUCUACCCCUCCCCCUUCCAGCGGUCGCAGGUGAAGGACUACCGGCCCGGCAUGUGCUUCAACAUCAUAUGCAACCACAUGCGCUUCAGCGAGGCCGAGGUGGCCAAGCUGCUGCCUGCCGACACCGCCUACGUCACCAUCCUGCGGGACCCCGCCGAGCUCUUCGAGUCCUCCUUCCACUACUUCGGCCGCCUGGCGCCCUUCACCUGGAAGAUCCCCGGCGAGGACAAGCUGGCCGAGUUCCUGCAGGACCCGGCCCGCUACUUCGACCCCGAGGGCUACAACUCCUUCUACCUCAGGAACCUGCUGUUCUUCGACUUCGGCUACGACAACAACCUGGAGCCGGCCGACCCGCGGGUGGAGGACAGCAUCCGGGCCAUCGAGCGACGCUUCCAGCUGGUCAUGCUGGUGGAGCACUUCGAGGAGUCCCUCAUCCUGCUCAAGGACGCCCUCUGCUGGGAGAUGGACGACCUGCUCUUCUUCAAGCUCAACGCCCGCAAGGGCUCCACCGUCUCCAAGCUGACGCCCGAGCUGAAGGCCAGGGCGCUGGAGUGGAACGGGGUGGACUGGAGGCUGUACCAGCACUUCAACGCCACCUUCUGGCGGAAGGUGGAGGCGUACGGCAGGGAGCGCAUGGCCCGGGACGUGGAGGAGCUCCGCAGGAGGAACAAGGAGAUGGCGGCCGUCUGCAUCGAGGGCGGUCGGGCCGUGGAGGCCGGCAGCAUCCAGGAGACGGCCAUGCAGCCCUGGCAACCCAUCGGGGAGAAGUCCAUCAUGGGCUACAACCUGAAGAAGAACGUCGACAAGAGACACCGCAAGCUGUGUCGCAAGAUGCUCAUGCCGGAACUGCAGUACCUGACCGAGCUGGGCGUCAACCUUUGGAUAACCAAACUGUGGGGGCGGGUCAGGGACAUCAUCAACUGGUAGCCGCGCGUCCUGUGCCAAGUACCAAGCAGGAGCCGUGUGUGAGAACCACAAAGGGAUUCAGAGGAGACCGAUGAGAUUAAGGACUGACCUCAUUGGUGCAUUUCCAAGAGCCAAGGACCCUUAUUAGUGCUUCAGCUUCAGGACAGGCUAAAGCUGUACCAGCACUAAGUCUGGCUGUUUGGAACAUUUGUGGUUUGCAGCCAUUAACUCUGCCCAGAAUGUUAAUUGGAACGGACUCUUUCAUUAAGGGCCUGAGUGCUCUUAAUCUAUCCUCUCAGUAUUGAACAAUGCUGUUUGCACAAUGCCUUUUAUAAAAUAGGUGCUCGGGAAACUGAAGAGAAUCCUCACUGUUAAUUCUAAAUAUACUCUUUAUUUGUUUUCUCAUGAUUAGACUGUGAUCAUACUUUUUUGUGUGUGCCCAUACUAUAUCUGUUAUCUGGUGUGAAAUGCACUGGUAUUUUUAAGGAUUUUAGAUGUGUUAAGUGGCAAAAGAGCAUGACUGGUCAGUCCAUUUUUCCCUUUUUUGUAGCAUCCCCUUCAAGUGUUUAAUUGAUGUUUUGAUUGCAUUACUAAAUCAAUGUUAUUACAAAACUACAAACCACCCAGUUACGAUCCGCUCCGUUCAUAGUUCAUAGUUCCAGAUCAUUUUUCCUGACCAUGAGUUGCCCAUUAAUCUGUGUGAACAAGUCAUGCAGGUCCACCUCUGAUACUAAGCAACAUUGUUACCGUUCAUAAUGAGAAUUCACAUGCCCCUGAUCUGUACUUUCAAAAUGAAGGUGCAUUUGUGCAAACUGAGCUACUGUGUUGUAUUGUUUCAAAAAAUCAAAAAGCAAAUAAAGAGCGUUAUUUUGAAGGAGAA